CUCCCCUUCCUGCUCUCCCGCAGAGGUUGCUGGGAGCCCAGUACGUCCGUCGCGCACACGUGUUAGUAGUCGGCUGCAGCAGCGCUGGUGUGACCGCGGCCAGAGGAGGCACCAUGAGGCCAGGAUUCAGUCCCAGAGGCAGCUUUAGAGGUGGAGACCGCGGGGGUAGAGGAGGCGGCUUUGGAGGCCGUGGCAGAGGUGGAUUUGGCGAUCGCGGUGGCAGAGGCGGAUUUGGCGGUGGCAGAGGAGGAUCCGGCGAUCGAGGUGGUUUCGGUGGCAGGGGCGGAUUUGGAAGAGGUGGCCCUCGUGGUGGGAGAGGUGGAUUCCGGGGCCGUGGCGGUGGCGGGAGAGGUGGAUUCGGAGCUGGAAAGAAGGUGGUGGUAGAGCCACACAGACAUGAAGGGGUGUUUAUCUGCCGGGGGAAGGAGGACGCGCUGGUGACCAAGAACCUCGUACCUGGCGAAUCCGUAUAUGGAGAAAAGAGAAUCUCCGUUGAGGAGGGAGAACUGAAGACUGAGUACAGAACCUGGAAUCCGUUCCGGUCGAAGCUUGCGGCAGCCAUUUUGGGAGGAGUGGAUCAGAUACAUAUAAAGCCAGGCUCCAAAGUGCUGUACCUGGGGGCUGCCUCCGGGACCACCGUAUCCCAUGUGUCGGACUUGGUUGGGCCGGAAGGGCUCGUGUACGCCGUAGAAUUCUCUCACCGAUCGGGCCGUGAUCUGAUUAACGUUGCCAAAAAGCGUACGAACAUCAUCCCCGUGAUUGAAGACGCCAGACACCCGCACAAAUACCGCAUGUUGCUGGGAAUGGUCGAUGUCAUAUUCGCAGAUGUGGCACAGCCUGAUCAGACCAGAAUUGUCGCCCUGAACGCACACAAUUUCCUGAAAAACGGAGGCCAUUUUGUCAUAUCUAUAAAGGCAAAUUGCAUUGACUCCACUGCAGCCCCAGAGGCUGUGUUUGCAUCAGAGGUAAAGAAAAUGCAGCAAGAAAACAUGAAACCCCAGGAACAGUUGACGUUGGAGCCUUACGAGAGGGAUCACGCUGUGGUGGUCGGAAUAUACAGACCUCCGCCGAAGCAGAAGAAAUGAUCUCACGGCUUCAAACAUCUUCAUUUUUUCUUUUUAUGUACAAAUUCUUUCCAUCUGUAAAGACUUGACUGCAGGAUAUACAGUGACUUCUGGACUGUGUGCCCCGGCAUCGUAGAGAUCUAUAUGACAUAAGGAGGGGGUACACCAAUAUACACGUAGCAGAACGUCCAAUAGCUGCGCUAGCUUCUGUGCUGUUACCGCCAGUCCCAUACAAGAAUCACCCAUAGCGCUGUACAGUGUUACCCUGGCUGUAUUGUGCACUGGUGCACGCCUGUAGCAGGUAUUGCGAAGUCGUGUGAUCAAGGAGAAAUUACCGUUAAUGCUAAAAUUCCUUAUUAUUGUCAUUGGAUGAAUAUAAGACUCAUAGUUUGUUUUGCAAACCUAUAAUGAAGCAAUAUUGUGCGAAACAGGUUGUUUUCCUUUUUUGUUUAAAGGUUGUUCUGCAAUUCCUUUAACUUGGCUAGGUUUCUCCUUGUUACUCUGUAUUUUUGUAUUAAGAUUGAUAGUUUUUUUGUUUUUUUUAAGAGUUUGGGGGGGUUGAGAAUGUAUAAAACAAUAAAUAAUUUUAUGUAUAAA